GUUAAGGUUAACAAAAUUCUUAAAAAACAAGGGAAGCCCAUACUACUUUUUAUUUUCUUUUUCCCUUUCUUUUUUCGUCACAUUGAGGUGUUUGAGAUGUAAGUUUUGAGGGGUUUUGACAAAAGUUCCUGUUUUUAGGGAUUUUUUUUUGGAUUUUGGGUGGGAAAAAGGGCAAUUUUUUUUUGGUGAUGAAGGUUCUCCCAUGGCAGCCCUGUGAUUCAAAUUCCUCAAUCCGCAGAAAAUAUCUCUAAAUGGGUUUUCUGAACAUGGAAGUGAAUCAUUUUCUGAAAGUAUGGAAAGACCUAUGGUUGUAGAAGCAGAUAGUGGAAGUUGAAUCAUCAUUUGUAGGCUAUUUGUUGCCCCUAGCAAACUGAACAAAAAGUGGUAGUGAAAGGAAAGAAGAGAGAGUAAGAGUGAGAGUGAAAGAGAGAAAAAUGGAGUGCAAUAAAGAUGAGGCCAGCAGGGCAAAAGAAAUUGCAGAAAAGAAGUUUACAGCAAAGGACUUUUCUGGUGCGAAGAAAUUUUCUUUGAAGGCCCAAAAUUUGUAUCCCGGGCUUGAGGGUCUUCCCCAGAUGUUGGCGACUUUGGAUGUUUAUAUCUCUGCGGAGAACAAAAUAUGUGGAGAAGCUGACUGGUAUGGGAUCCUUGGUGUGAAUCCCUUGGCUGAUGAUGAAACAGUUAAGAAACAGUACAGAAAGUUAGCACUAAUGCUUCACCCUGACAAGAACAAAUCGGUAGGAGCAGAUGGGGCAUUUAAGCUUAUUUCAGAGGCCUGGAGUUUGUUGUCUGAUAAGACCAAGAGAAUAGCGUAUGACCAGAAAUGCAAUGUUAAAGGAAUCCAGCAGAAGGUUCCACCUACAAGUGGAGGAACAUCAGCACCACCUGGUGCGAAUGGUUAUUAUAAUUUUACCAACCCUACCACCUCAAAGGCUAAAACUCAGAAAAGUUCUGCUCGAGGCCCAACGUCGGCGCCUGCUUCAUCACGUACGUCAAAACCAAAUACAUUUUGGACUGCAUGCAAUCGCUGCAAAAUGCAAUAUGAGUAUCUCAGGAUCUAUCUCAAUCACAAUCUUCUUUGCCCCAAUUGUCAUGAGCCCUUUUAUGCAGUAGAGACAGCUCCCCCACCUUCAAAUGGUUCUAGUGCUCCCACAUCAUGGAAUUUCUCUCAGCAGCGUCAGAAUUCAAACCAUCAUACAGACAACAAGAAUGCAUAUGCUUCUGGGAAAAAUACUGCUGCUUCUCCCAACAUGGGACCAGGGGGGGUUUCAGGGCUCCAUUCAUUCAAUCACACAAACUUCCAGUGGGGUCCAUUCUCUAGAACAACCGGUGUUGGUAGUGCAACUGCCUCAGCUUCUGCUGCUGCUCAAGCUGCAAGUGUAGUUCAGCAGACCUAUGAGAAAGUGAGAAGAGAGCGUGAGGAGUCUCAGGCAGCUGCUAGAAGAGAGGAGGCGCUUCGGAAGAAGAACCAUGUCUCUAAGAAGAUCGGUAGUGGUGUAUCUACUGGAUUUUCUAAUUCUGGUUCUAGCCCCGUUCUCAAAGGAGAGAGACCUGUGAAAAAAAGAAGAGGCAUGGAUGGUGAAGGGGGAAACACUUAUGGAUGUGAGGGGGCAUCUCAAACUGCCACAGGAACUGGAGGAGCUGGGUUAGGAAGUGGGGUUGGAGUUAAACAAGGUAUUUCUGAAAUGGAAAGGGUUACUGGUUUAUCUGGUACUGGCAAGCCUAAUGGUUUAAGGGAUUUGUCACAACAAGAACUCCGAACUAUGUUGAUGGAGAAGGCACGGGCAGAAAUCCGCAAGAAGUUAAAUGAAUGGAGUUCAACUGCUGUAGCCAAAGCUGCUGACAAGAAGAAAGAGAAAGAAAAGGAGAAGGAAAAAGAUGCUGUAAAUGGUGGGACACCUGAUCAAAAUGAGGCAGGUGGUGAAUCUGUGGAUACCAAGAAGAAAAUCCAUUCUGACAAGAUUUCAUCUGGAACUUCUGGUGCUGAUUUGGAUACUGAAGCUGUUGAACCCAUGUCUAUCAAUGUUCCAGAUCCAGAUUUUCAUGAUUUUGACAAGGACCGAUCGGAAAGAUCAUUUGGAGAUAACCAAGUCUGGGCUGCGUAUGAUGAUGAUGAUGGGAUGCCUCGUUAUUAUGCCAUGAUUCAUAAUGUGAUGUCAUUGAACCCAUUCAAGAUGCGUAUCAGUUGGCUGAAUUCCAAGAGUAAUAGUGAGCUGGGUCAACUAAACUGGGUCGGUUCUGGCUUUGCUAAAACUUGUGGGGAUUUCAGGAUAGGCAAACAUGAAGUCAAUGAGUCACUCAAUUCCUUCUCACACAGAGUGAGGUGGACAAAAGGCGCACGUGGAGCCAUCCGAAUAUUUCCCAAGAAGGGUGAUGUUUGGGCCCUCUAUAGGAAUUGGUCUCCUGACUGGGAUGAGCUUACCCCUGAUGAAGUAAUACACAAGUAUGACAUGGUCGAGGUGCUGGAUGAUUAUAACGAGGAGCAAGGUGUAACUAUAACUCCUCUAGUCAAGGUCGCUGGAUUCAAGACAGUUUUCCACAGACAUUUGGAUACAAGGGAAGUCAAGAGGUUCCCAAGAGAGGAGAUGUUUCGGUUCUCACAUCAGGUCCCUUCUUACAUGCUUACAGGUCAAGAAGGUCCAAAUGCUCCUAAGGGUUGCAGGGAGCUGGACCCAGCAGCUACUCCAUUAGAUCUUCUUCAGGUGAUAACAGAUGUCAAGGAAGAAGAGAUUGUGGAGAUUGCUGAAAAAGCUGAGGAAGAAGAGAUGGUUGCUGAAAUAGCUGAGGGAGAACAUAUGGUGGAGAAUCCUGAAAAAGCUGAGGAAGAGAUUGUCAAGAAUGUCAAGGAAGCUGAGACAGAAAAGAUUGUGGGGAAUAUCAGAGAAAGCACAGAAGAAAGGAUGGUGGAGAAGGCUAAACAACAGCUAUCUUGUUGAGUUUUGGAAUAUGUGGGCCUGACCAAAGUAGUGGAAACUAACCUUUUGAUGUAAAAUUAUAUCAAAUCAAUCCAGCAUUUUGUGGGUUUCUGUGGUGGUUUGCUGUUGGGAUUGGACAAUUUCAUCUGGAGUCACAUGUAAACGAUGUGGAGCUUCUUUCAAGGAUCUGCUAGUGGAUUCUGAAUUUUCUUCCUUACAAGAGGUGGUUUUGACCCCAAAAGAGCAAGUUGUCUAGCAGUUGCAGCCGUUCAAACACAGCCCCACCUAAGCUGCCAAAUUUUUUCAUCUACUUUACCAUGGUUUAAUUGCUCUAUUUCUUGUUCUUAUAGUAGAAUAGGAGGUAAAUGCAACUUUUUCUCGUCUGAAGUCUGAUAUUUUUGUUGGUUCUGAUUAAAGAUCCAAAAGAAAUAGUGUAGAAUAUAAGCUGAUUUCAAUUUAUUGCUCAAUUCACUCUUCUUGAUUGGUCUUACUGUUAAAAAACUUGAGGACUCAUGUUGUACAGAAUGGUAAUUUGCAUGACAAGUUUAGAAUUAAUUUUGGUUUGGUUCA